ACGGUCUCUUAUACACUGGCCAAUGUAGGUACAGUAUAGGAGUCUGAUGUGGUUGAGCCUGAUUAUUUAUGACUUUUAUUUGGAAAACAAAACCUAUCCCGGAAGCUUAUUCCACGAAGGUCAGGGGUACGGGUUAUAAUUAUUUGCGGCGACAACAUGGAUCGUUACCAGAAGAUUUCGAUUGUGUUGUGCCGGGUUUGGAUUGUAAUUAAUAUCGUGGUGACCGUGGCAUCGGCCCGAACGUUAUUACCGUACGCAUCGGGACGGACAUCGUCGACCGCCGAGGAGCCAGCGCCGGGCGGCGAUGAAUACAUGCAACUGUCGAAAGAGGAACCCUUGUUUCUCACUAUGCACGAGAGCAAUCGCCCUGAACGACUGCUAUUGAAAAGGAUGUAUGCCGAUGUGGCCGGGCAACUGGAGGAAAUGGCGCCUGAUUUCAAAGACUGUGCCACGCCUAAACCGAAAAGAAACAAUCUGUGGUCGUACUGUGCUGCACUGGGAUUUCGCCGCCGUAAGGACGCCAAUGCCAAGUGCAUGAAUGUCAUGGCGCGGGUGUUGCGUAGUUGCGAACAAGAACGUGAGCAGGUGGCCGAGACCUAAAGACUUGAGGAAAAUCAAGCAAACCCAUGGUGAAUUUCAUUCAUCCAGCGUUUUCGUAUGACUCUUUGUAAUAUUUCCUCCUCCUAUCGUAUUUAUUUCAAUAUUUCGAUAUAUUAACGCCUUCAUCCUGCCGCACACAUGCAUAAAGCUGAACGAUACUAUUGUUGCAUAAUUUUUCGACAUGAAUCUGCAUUAUUCUGUUCAUAACCGUAGUCGUAAGCGGGCUCUUAAAGAAAUUAAUUAAAAUGGUAGUUAUGAAUGUGUACGCGAACAAUACGAACUGAUUAGAAAAUG